AUGAAGAUUCUGGAGGAGCGGUGCGACAUCAUUACAAAUAUGGAAGUGAUGCUGCUUCUAGUGCAACAACAGCAACUGCUGCCCUCGGUCGAGAGUUUACUGCGACAGGCGAGCAAGCCGAGCUCAGUCAAUUCAGGCAGCUCAACCGCAAACGCGGGCUCGAAAUCAGAUGCUCCGAAGGGCAACGACCGUGAUGACGGCCAUUUCUCCAGCGUGCAGGGUGAAUCAACAGUUGGACGUUUCAGGUUAGAUCACGUUAAAGAACUACUGUACCAGCAUAUGUUCAACCAGAUGGUGCAGGACUACAUUCGAAAAACAUGCCCCUACCUGCACCUUGUGCGCGCUCCAAUUGAUACACACUACCACUCCGAUCGAUUGAAAAAUCACACGGGAGUCCGAGUCCCACCAAAGCGGGGGGCACCCACUGCUCAAGUUGGAAGCCGAAGAGCAUCAGGAGUCACUGCCAUUCGACCUGGUGGAGUGUCGCCUCUCAUCAGCCGGCGCUGCCGCGAAUGCCUGGACGUCCUCUUCCACCGCUUUGGCUUGACCGAGUUGGAGCUGCUCACAAUCUUGAACCUGGGCGCCUUCAAGCCAGUCGAAAUAUACAUAUUCACAGAGGAUGACGCAGCGGAAAUGCUUGCUCUGAUUGACCUGGCACUGGUGCAGCAGCAACCGCUCCCACCACUGCCAGAAUGCGCAGCAGAAGCCCCUAUGGACGUCGAUUCGCAAGCAGAACAAAAGAAAGCAGCGUGCAAUUCACGUGAGCCCGGGGAACUUCAACAACUGCAACUACAGGUGCAAAGCGAAGUCGUAGGGCUGGAGCCACAGCAGCAACAAGUCGCGCAAGAUUCCGGUCAUUCCGUGGGCUUGGGGAAUGUCGCCGAACCAGGUGAAGGGAAUGCGGAAGCGGCAGACGGGCAUCAGGACAACCCCUCACUCGCAAGUACUCAUCAGCAAGCUUCAAAGUCAAUGGAUUUGUUUGCACCUGCAGAGGAGGCAAUGGCGCCUGUUGCGCAAGACGCAGGUUGUGCAGAGACCACUUCAAAGGAAGCAAAAGCUCGCGCCAGGGCUGUGCGCGGUGCGGCCAAACGCCGACCUGUGAGCAGGAGGAGGCGAGUUCUUGACGACUAA